AUGUUGAAUGCAACGGCCAUCCUGGUAUCACAAAUACGUGAAUAUCAAAGUUUAAAUGGCAUAUAUUACAAAAUGACUGACACGAUAUUGUCCAAUAACUCAUAUCCAUAUUUUGGAGUGUUACAGAUCCUACUGGCCGUUCAAUUUGCGUUAAACAUAUACCUUUUAUUGACAUCCUCAUUUAAUUGGUGGCUAUUUUUUCUCAUAGUGGUUGCCCAACUCACCUCAGGCACGGCACUCAUGCAUGAACCUAAGAAUCUACUCAUAGAAGCCUCUGGAAUGACACAUUUUUCUUUAUUUGCAGGAUUUUUAUAUGCACCAAUGGUACUCCUUUAUAGACAUGGAAUUUUGACUGUCUUUAUGGGGUUUUUAAUUGAAUAUGUUAUAUUUACAAUGGAUUAUAUCCUUAUCCUGGCUGAUUAUAUACCAAACCAAUAA